AUGAUGUUCAGAAUGAAUUUUCCCACUUUUCUCGCCGCGACGAAGCUGUUCCUUGUGGCUUGUGAAGCCACUGCGCAGUGGGAAAGAAUACCUGAACGCUGGAACGUAGCCAGCAAACCGCCACCAGAUACUAUUGCUACGUUCACUCUGGCAUUGAACAUGGAAAAUAUUGACUUAUUGGCUUCAGAGCUUUUGGAUAUCUCCGAUACAAAUGGCCCCAAUUAUGGGAAACAUUGGGAUCAAGCAGAUGUAUAUUCAAAAUUUGCACCUUCUCAUAUCGCUGUCUCAAUCACCCUGGAUUGGCUGGAAGGCGAAGGUGUUGGCAAUUACACAGUCGAUUGGAUAUUCAUUGACUUCACUACAACUAUUGCUACAGCAGACAGUCUUUUGAACGCGUCAUACCACUACUACACGAAUAAUGUGACGACAGAGCUUCGAACGGCGAGCUAUUCUGUCCCCGAAAGAAUCCAAAACAGCGCUCUGCUCAUAUCUCCUGGAACUUAUUUAGGAGUGCCAAAUUCUAUGCCACUAUCGCUUCGUCCAUACGGAGCUCGUGAGCCGCUUCAACGCUCUGUUAUAUCAAAGGAUGACAACCCAUGUCUUCAAGCAAUCAGUCCGUCAUGUCUCAAACAAAUGUACAAAGUAGCAAACUAUACUCCCCAUGAAGGGUCGGGAAGCACUAUCGGGUUCUCGAGCUUCCUCAAUCAAUCAACUCUUUACAAUGGCCUCUUCGAGUUCGAAAGACAUUUUGCUAUCCCGGGUCAGAAUAUUUCUGUUGAACUGGUUGCUGGUGGUAUAUAUAACCAGAAUGAGUCUACAGCACAGUUUGCAGAAGCCGACCUGGACGCUCAAACUAUCGUUGGUAUUGCUCAUCCGCUGCCAGUCACGCAGUUCAUAAUCAGUGGGAAACCACCAUUUAUUCCAAAUAUCGAUCACAAGACAGAGAGCCGGAACUUCAAUGAGCUGUAUGUCCCUUACUACAGGCAGCUUUUGUCACGGUCAAAGAGUGACCUCCCAUAUGUCAUCUCCAACUCACAUGGGGAACAGGAGGACUCGGUGCCGAUCAGAUAUGCCUUGCUUACCUGCAAUCUCAUUGGCCUUUUGGGCCUCCGAGGAGUAACAGUUGUGCAGUCUUCCGGAGACACUGGAGUGGGAAGCGGUUGUUUGGCACCCGACUUCGGGACUGCCGAAUUCUAUCCCAUUUUCCCCGCCACUUGCCCAUGGGUAACAAGCGUCGGCGGUACGGUUGGAUUUUCACCGGAAUCUGCUUGGAAAGGGAGCUCUGGUGGAUUCAGCCGCUACUUUUCCCGGCCUUCUUAUCAAGACGUCACAGUCUCCAGGUACAUGGACAUGGUGGCUUCCGAAACACAUGCAUACUAUGGAAAGUACACAGAAGCUAAGGGUUGCCAGAUGUGGUUGCGUAACACUACACGGAUGGAGACUUGCUUAAUAGCAAGACCACAAUCGCCUAUGUGA